UCUCUUCGUCAUUCUAUCCGUCUUUCCCAGGUGUACCUCCAGUCCCAAGACAUGUCCUGCUACUCCCAGUGUGUGCCAUGCCAGCCCUGCGGCCCGACCCCUCUGGCCAGCAGCUGCAACGAGCCCUGUGUCAGGCAGUGCCAGAACGCCAACGUUGUCCUUGAGCCCUCUCCCGUGGUGGUGACCCUGCCCGGACCCAUCCUCAGCUCCUUCCCGCAGAACACCGUCGUGGGCUCCUCCACCUCCGCUGCUGUUGGCAGCAUCCUCAGCUCUGAGGGCGUGCCCAUCACGUCGGGGGGCUUGGACUUGUCCGGCUUGGGCAGCCGUUACUGUGGCAGAAGGUACCUGCCAUGCUAA